CAAUUUUAAAGCGCUAAAAAUCAAAUAAGAAGGUCAUCAGCUAUAAGCGUAUUUAGCUAUGAGAAAUGAUUUUUUGGAUAAUACCAAUUUUGUGGGUGACUGCGUAUAUGUAUUUUUAUAUCAAAGCCAAGUGUGAUGAUCCAGCAAUGACUAGGGUUAUGAUUGUCUUAGGAUCUGGUGGACACACUGCUGAAAUGCUCUCAUAUACUUCUGUAUUGACUUGUAAAUUUCAACCACGUUUGUAUGUUAUCGCGACGACUGAUUCUAUGAGUGAACAAAAGGUUUUGGAUUUAGGGGACAAGUGUGAUAUUAAAUUCAGCAUAAAGCGCAUACCAAGGGCUCGAGAAGUAAAACAGUCAUACACUAGCAGCAUCUUCAGUACCUUGAUGUCUUGUCUAUCUGCGUUCCCCAUCGUCACCAUUUUUAGGGCGAAAUUGGUGAGUUACAGAAACCUUUAUUAAGAUAUACACAUAAUGGUCGAUGUAAACUCAUAUUGUAAUUGAGUGCUAGGGCUAGAUCCUUAACACUGGAGUAACGUAUUCAUUGGCAUAACUAUUUGUUGCCGGAAAGGAUCGGAACUUUUCAAGUUCCUAGGUCAUUGAUUUGCCAUGAGUAGCUGUAAUGCUUACCACGUUUAGCGUAAACCCGUGUGCUUUUUCUGAAACGCACCUUUAAUCAUUGCCUAAAGUUUAGUAUUGUACUUAAUGCCACAUUUAUUUAUUCAUACCUCGCAAAUUCACGACUUUUUGUGGAAUACCUAUAUUAUAAACACCAUUUAUUAGUUGCUUCACCUUAAAUAUAAUGGUGCUCAAGAAAUGGUUUGACCUUGUUCCCAAAUCAAGACACGGAAGUUCUGGAAAGACAAGUAUAAACACCCGAUAAAGUUAUUGAUUUUCUAUGAAGGAUAAAUUUUUGUAUGUACUUUUAGUUGAUACCUAAUUGUACUUUAUUCUAGAGUGUUUGUAUAGGAUUAAAAAGUUUUUCGUGCUGUAAGUGACUAAGACUACUGUAUUAUAGUCCAGGGGAAUUCGUGAACUCUUUUCAAGUUUAGGGUUGAUAUAAAUUGUUUAGAAGCUCGAAGUAUGUAGACUGUCGCAUCUCUUCUACUUCUAACAGUUUUAUUCUCCUUCAUAAAAUUUCAGUAACCAGAUGUAAAUGUUUAUCAUCCUAAUUUUAUUGACGGAAUUCUCCAGUAAUAAUAUUCCAGCCAACACUAUGUGGAGUCUUUUUUACUAGCUCAAUAUUGUCCUCAGCUCAAAUAAAGAAACUCCGCUAUAUGUGUAGUAGGUUAAAAAAUGUGACUACUAAAUGUUUCUUUGAUAACGUUCGACACUUGGUUUUCUACAUUUUAUUCGUUCAGUAGAAAGACAAUUGUAUCCAGCUAAUUAAAAAGACAAGAAUGAACAAUGCAAUCGGAGUUUUGAGUGUGCUUAACAGAUCUCAGUCACCUUGCUCUGUUGUCUCACCAUAAUCAAGCAACGACUUAAAGAUAGAUGUGAUCGAUUGCUGACAACCUGUAUAUCAGAUUUAGAGGGAGGCCAUAUUACUAUGGACAAUCUUGCAUGCCUUCAUCAAUGAGUAAUAAGUAAUCCAUUUUCCGAUUUUACAAACUGUUGAUAUCAGUUAAUAAGUACAGUCAGAUAUAACUCACUGUCAUAAAAUUUUGUUAUUAGUUCUUUCGUACUGUUCUGCCUUUUGUUUACUGAUCCUGGUGUGCGAAGACCUCUAGGAACAAAUUUUUUAGCCAACUCUGUCAAGUAGAUCACAAAAGUGAAUUGGGCCGCUAAUUUAAGCUAACUGCUAUGAUUAAAUAGGUACUAGUUGAUUGAAUAAAAGUCAUCAUUUGUAAUCUGGACCAAAUUUAACUUCCACACGAUUAUGACUUACAAACUGUAGUUGCUCAGUGCGAUCACUUAUCCUUAUUAUGACAAUACAUGGAUAGUUACUGCAUAGAUCAACAAAAAAGUAUGUGACUAAAUUGUACUUUUUCUACGAGACGCUUCAGUUCCUGAUGAUAUUUUUAUUUAUCUAUUCAUUUUGAGAUUUAAAAACUGUUAUAAUCCUUGUAAACUUAAUAUAUUUAAGCACAUAUAUCCUCUUCAAACUGGUACUUCCCGUUGUAUAUGCUUUUAUUGUUCAUAAGACUGUUAUCAACCAAUUUAUAUACUCAAUCCUUAAUACAAUCUGCAUUUCACGUAGAUUUUAUGUAAUGGUCCUGGGACAUGUAUCCCCAUAUGCUUCGUGGCUAUUUUACUCCACAUACUGAGAAUUCAUUCAACUCUUAUAAUUUUUGUUGAAAGUAUUUGUCGUACCAAAACUUUAUCAUUAUCUGGGAAAAUUUUAUACUAUACUCGUUUAGUAGAUGUAAUUGUUCAGUGGCCAGAAUUGAAGACAAAAUAUCCAAGAUCAAUUUACUUAGGACUUUUAUCGUAAACUACUGCAUCCGAUCAUCCUUUAUAUAUUACUUACAUCCAAAGGACUUUUCUUUUUAUAUUUAUAAUAUGUGUUUUUUGUUCUAUGCGAUCAUCGUUUGAGAUUCGAAAUACAUUUUACAUUUGGUU